UUUUGAAUUCUGAAGACGAUGAUGAUGAGCAGCGGCCCCUCAGGAGUCUUCCUCCUUCUUUUCAUCAUGUUCCAAAUUGGUGUGCCUGCAUCGGGAUCAAUCGCGUGGAGGCGUUACUCCUACAUACGUCUCCAUUACACCUGGAGCCAAGCUCAAGCUUACUGCAGAAAUUCAGGACUCUACAUUGAUUUGGCCACCAUCUAUACGCCUUCAGAUUUAAACAAUAUGGAUAUGACCCGCUAUGCUGCAUGGAUCGACCUGCGCAAUCCAAACGUCGACGACGACAGCACUUCCAGAUGGGAUUGGGUUUGGGCUGGUCAAUAUAGGAACAACCUCAUUGGCAAAUGGGCGUACAACGAGCCAGAUGAUGGUGAAAGCUGCGCUAUGCUCUAUUCUGUCGAUUCAAAGUUUUAUGGCACUUCAUGUGGCGAAUUUCUUUUCUUCAUCUGUUAUAAAUCGAGAAACAGCUACCGUCAUGUCUACACAUUUAUACCACAGUCAAAGACAUGGUCUGAAGCGAAGCAGCACUGCAAAGAUGAAGGGUUCACUGAUCUGGCGUUUCUCUUUACAAGUCAAAACUUGAAUGAUUCUGUCAGUGAGGCGGACUUUCCAGUCUGGAUUGGAUUGCACAGAGAUGGAGAGACGUGGAAGUGGAGCACGGGUUUGUCCGACUAUGCAGAUGAAGGGUGGCACCAAAACAUAGAUGGAAGCUGUGCCUCCAUUUCCUCUAGAAGUAAGCUCAUGGUCCCCCAAAACUGUGAAGACCGGUUUCCAUUCAUCUGCUACAAGGACAACCUGAUCCUGAUAAAGGAGAACAAAACCUGGGAGGAGGCGCUGGAAUACUGCAUGAUCGUCGGUUACAAGCUUGUCAGCGUGCAGCCUGGAGCAGACCACGCCAACAUGAUGAGUAUGAUUGAGUAUGAGGGCGGCACUGAGAAGGUGUGGACAGGCCUCCGUUUCCUGGCCGGUCACUGGGUGUUUACGAACAGGGUGACAGUGUCUUACUCUGAUCUGCCCCUCUGCCCCGUCGAGGAGCAGCACUGUGGAGCUUUUUUGAGGGAUGACACAGCCGGUAUACACCCCACCAACUGUUUGGAGAAAUGGAACUUCCUGUGUUACUAUUGAGGGUGGUACUACAAACUGGGGCGACACUGAGCACCCCUCCUUACACAUCUCAUGUAUAACAUGCUUCUGAGCAAUGAAUGCAUAGUU